AUGGACGCAUUUUUAGGCCACAAGGCGGAUGCCGCGCACGCUGAACAAAGUGGCGAUGAAGCUGUCUCUUUUGACGGCCACCCAUCUUUGACGGGUACUAGCGAUGUCGUCGUCUCAACUCGAGGCACACCCUUUGAGCGAAAAGCUGCGCUGAUCAACCGGGAAAUCGACAAAUUCGGCUUUGGACGUUACCAGCAAUAUAUCUGGACACUCUGCGGGUUUGGCUAUUUUCUCGACCUCGCGUGGGCGCAAGGAGUUGGCUUGAUGGCGUCGGCCGUUUUUCAAGAAAUGAAUGUGCCACCAGAGAGACAGGGCUUGAUCUUUACCUGCUCGAAUGCUGGUCUGGCAGUUGGGGCCUUUACCUUUGGCAUCAUCACCGACAUUAUCGGUCGCAAGUGGGCAUUCAAUCUGACAUGUCUGAUAACAUCCAUUUUUGGCAUGCUCUUGGCUGCGGUGAAGUAUAACUAUGCUGCUAUCUGCGCAAUUUACUUCUUAUCCUGCAUUGGCUUGGGCGGCAACAUUCCCAUCGAUGCCGCAAUCGCCUUGGAGUUCCUACCUCAAAAUCGCCGCUUCCUCGUCUCCCUUUUGGGUAUGUGGCAACCCAUCGGUGUCGUGGUGGCCUCCGCGAUCGCGUUUGGCACGGCAGCCAAGUAUCGAUGCGAUGUCAAGUUACCAGCGUGCAAUGCCCCGGACCUCGGUUCCGGAGAGGCUUGCUGCACUGUCUCCAGCAACAUGGGUUGGCGAUAUGAAGUAAUUAUUAUCGGCAUCAUCACCCUGCUGGUGUUUAUCGUACGGUACUUUAUCUUCACCUUCCACGAGUCGCCGAAAUUCCUCAUCAGCAAAGGUCGGGAUGCAGAUGCCAUCGAGGUGCUUCGCCAAAUUGCCAAAUUUAACAAGGCCCCAAUGCCAACACUCAGCAUUGAAGAAUUCGAGAUCAUCGACACGGAUGAGGAACUUCAUCGGCGUUCGGGCCUCGUCAAGGCGAAGGUGGUACAGAAGUUUACAUUCAUGCGUGGCUUGUUCACGAACAAGAUCCAAUGCAUCAGCUUCUUCCUUUUGGCCGUUACUUACAUGGGCGACUACUGGUCCUUCACGCUGGCCGGAUCUUUCCUGCCAAUCGUUCUUCUCCGCAACAACAUCGGCAGUGGAAUCGAUGUCACCGAGACCUACCGUCAAUAUAUCUAUAUUUAUCUUCCCGGAAUAAUUGGUGCAGUCUUUGCCGUCUUUUCCGUUCAGCUUCCGCUCAUCGGUCGGAAGUGGUCGCUUGUGAUCUCGGCAGUCUUGCAGGGAAUAUCGAUGGCGAUGUACACGCAGGUCAGAAACACGGCUGGAUACGUUGGUCUGAAUGCAUUGGAGUACAUCAUGCAAACGUACUUUAACGCGGUGCUGUACGCUUCGGCACCCGAAAUCUUCGAAACCACUUACCGCGCCAGCGCAAGUGGAAUGCUCUCUUGCAUGGGUCGUAUCGCGGGUAUUGUCGCGCCUAUUGCCGGUCAAUCUUUGAUUGCCAAGGGCACUUCCGGUGUGCUGUGGCUCGGGGCUGGCGGAAUCUGGCUCUCGGCGGUGCUGAUGUGUUUCCUGCCCGUGGAGAUGCGAUCGCGGCAAAUGUAUUAG